CUGGACCCAAACACAGUAAACAAAAACCUCUCUCUGUCUGAGGAGAACAGAAAGGUGACAUGGAGGAGAGAGGAGCAUCUGUAUCGUGAUCACCUAGAGAGAUUUGAGUAUGAGCCACAGGUGUUGUGUAGAGAGGGUCUGUCUGGACGCUGUUACUGGGAGGUAGAGUGGAGUGGAGUAGGGGCUGAUAUAGGAGUGACAUAUAAAGGAAUCAACAGGAGAGGAAGGGGUGAUGAUAGUGGUCUUGGACUCAAUGCCAAGUCCUGGAGUCUGUUCGGUUAUGAUCUCAAUUACUCUGUCUGUCACAAUAAUAAGAGAACGUACCUACCUGUCACCUCCUCAGACUCCCACAGAGUAGGAGUGUAUCUGGACUGGCCAGCCGGCACUCUGUCCUUCUACAGGGUCUCCUCUGACACAUUGACCCACCUGUAUACAUUCAACACCACAUUCACUGAGCCCCUCUAUCCAGGGUUUGGGGUUUAUGAUGACUCCUCAGUGUCUCUGUGU